AAACAGAAUCAUCUAUUCAUCGGCAAAUCGCACGUUUUUAAUGUUGCAGAUAAACUAAUAUUUUCCUUAGAUUUUUCUGUGGUUAUUGGAUUAUUUCUCAUCGAUUUUCUUGUAAAUAGCCAGGAAUGUCUUCAGACAGGGGAAGUGGCAGGGGCAGGGGUAGACGGUCCCGAGGGGGACAAAAUGAUGGAACCCAAAACUCAGGGCCUGAUAGCCCCGCGGAAGCGAAUGGACCCAGCACUUCAGUUGUAUUGGAGCCCCCCGCCCCUGCCCCCAAGCCUGCUUCGAAAAGCUUUAAACCCACAGGAACAAGCAUGAAGAGAAUUCAAAAAGAAUUAGCAGAGAUUACAAUUGACCCACCUCCCAACUGUAGUGCUGGUCCAAAGGGAGACAAUAUGUACGAGUGGGUGUCCACCAUUUUAGGACCCCCGGGGUCAGUGUAUGAGGGUGGGGUCUUCUUUCUGGACAUUCACUUCUCAGCAGAUUAUCCAUUUAAGCCACCAAAGGUGACAUUUCGCACUCGAAUUUACCACUGCAAUAUCAACAGCCAAGGAGUGAUUUGUUUGGAUAUUCUAAAGGACAAUUGGAGCCCUGCUUUGACUAUCUCCAAAGUGUUGUUGUCAAUUUGUUCACUUCUCACGGACUGUAACCCCGCCGAUCCAUUGGUCGGAAGCAUCGCUACACAAUACACUCAGAAUAGAACUGAACACGAUCGAGUGGCUCGCCAGUGGACGAAGCGCUUCGCCACAGGACUCUGAUCGCAAUCCAGGGGUUUAUUUAUCAUUUCGAAUUUUGUCUGUCACAUUGUACUUCAUAUUAUAUACAAAAAAACAUUUUAUUAUUGUAUCAAACAUUUUUUUUUUUUUAUUUUGUGAUGAAAUGUCUUUGACAGUGUGGUUAUUUUUUUACUCCAAAGACUUUCCUUUAUGAAGUUUUAGUCACUUUACAAGUUUUAUUUUGACAAUACAUGUAUUUUGCAGUUGAUAGGAAAAUUUAUUAUAAUUUUGACUAUUUAUUUGUUCAAAAAGAUAUUUACCGUGAAAUGAGAAUCUUAACAUUCUUUUAAUAUCACUUUUUUUGGUUGAAUAACACUUUUAAAACAGAAUGUUAAAUUAACAAAUAAAAUAUUUUAACAUUCUGGCCAUGCAUCUUAGGUUUUAGAAUUUUUUUCUCUUUAAUAAGUGAAGUUUCAACUUUAUCGCAGUUUCAGGUGUUGUUUUUUUUUUUUAUUAAUUAAAUCAAAUGGCUAGAAUGUUUUAUGAAGAUAUUUUACUUAAAAAAACAAACUUAAUCAAUGCUUACUGUCAAUGAAUGACAUGUACAUGUGACAUGUACAGUGGAGCCUCAUUUAUCUGGACGCUUUGGUUCCUAGUCAAUUUGUCCGGAUAUGUGAAGCGUCCGGAUAUCUGAAUCACCAAUUAAACAAGACAAAAUAACAUUAAAAAAUUCCGUUCUGAUGAAAAAUCGUCCGCAUACUGAAGCAUCCGGAUAUCUGGCGUCCGGAUAUCUGAAGGUCCACUGUACUCGUGAUAUAAAAUGUUUUUCUCUUGACGACAAACUGUAGAGAAUUAAACAGUUUUAUUCUCAAGUGACAGGAAAGCUUUUAAAAUGGGUAUUAAUAAAGAAUGCCAUUAUUUAUCUGUUUAUCUGAAAGAAUGCUUGAAGCAUAAUAUCUAUUUCAUCUUCAAAUGAAGAGUUUUUGUUUGAUACGUGUGCAUGCAUAUUUCCAUGCCAGCUGUAACUGCAUACCGGUAUUUGAUACGUAACAACAUAAGAAUGCUAUAUGUGUGUGGGAAGUAUAGACAAAUGGUGAAAAUGAUAACUGGUUGCAUCAUUUUGUGAUCUUGUUUGGAAUUCUAUGGAAUAUAUUAUUUUUUUGUUUGGUCAAGUGCUUACCUACUUGUAAGUGGUUGUCUUUUUUUUUUUUUUUAACUUUGAAGUGUGUAUGGAAUGGUAUAUGAUACAUUGUCAGUAUGUAUGUAGUGUACAAAUUUGAAAUGAAGUCAAGACUUUUGCAGAGACUAAUGUACAUUUACUGAUAAGUGAAUUUUAUUCAAAAUUUAAAAUUAAUAUUAUAGAUACAACUUGUAAUAUAUUUCAUUUAGUUUAUAUUGUUUUCUUUUCUCAGGCAUAUUAUUAUGGGAUUUAUCUUAUGCCAACUUAAUGUGGUCUGAAUUACUGAGUAUAUUUUCAAACUAGGAUCUACGUACAUUGUAUAUAAUGUACAAUUUAAAUUCUACAUAAAAUGCUUUAUAAUUCUAUAAAAAUAUAAAAUGGUCUUCUAGAUGUUUCAGGUAUGUUAAAUUGGUACAAGUUUUAGCGUGAAAAUGGGUGCAUAUUGAAUGUAUAGAUAUUGAUUUUUUGCAGAUGAUUUUAUGCCAAAUGAAUGUGUAUGAAUGAUCACAUGUUUUAUGUGAAUAAAGUUGUCUAAUUGUA